AUGAGGCAGAGCCAUGAAUCCAAAAUGUUCUCUUUUCUUUUAAGAUCAGAUUGUGUAGAGAUUCUCAAGAAAUGUGGAGACCAGAAUAAAUUCCCUGAAGACCACACGGCUGAAAGUAUCUGUGAGUUUCUGUCCCCUGCAGAUGACCUGGAGAACUGUAUACCUCUGGAUCCGUACCUCAGGCCAAGUGCUUUAGGUAACAUCAUAGAAGAGGUGACUCAUCCCUGUAAUCCAAAUCCUUGCCCAGCCAAUGAGCUCUGUGAAGUGAACCGAAAGGGGUGUCCGUCUGGAGAUCCCUGCCUUCCGUAUUCGUGUGUUCAAGGCUGCAAACUGGGAGAAGCUUCUGACUUCAUUGUCCGCCAGGGGACACUGAUCCAGGUGCCGUCCUCUGCAGGGGAAGUUGGUUGUUACAAGAUCUGUUCCUGUGGACAAAGUGGCCUCUUGGAAAACUGUAUGGAAAUGCACUGUAUUGACCUCCAAAAGUCUUGUAUUGUUGGAGGAAAAAGAAAAAGCCAUGGAACAUCCUUUACUAUUGACUGCAAUGUCUGUUCUUGUUUUGCCGGCAAUUUAGUGUGUUCCACCCGUCUGUGCCUCAGUGAGCACAGUUCAGAGGAUGACCGUCGCACCUUCACAGGUCUGCCCUGUAACUGUGCAGAUCAGUUUGUCCCAGUGUGUGCACAGAAUGGACGCACCUACCCCAGUGCCUGCAUCGCUCGCUGUGUGGGUCUCCAAGACCAUCAGUUUGAGUUUGGACCUUGUAUCUCCAAGGAUCCCUGUAAUCCUAACCUCUGCCCCAAAAGCCAAAGAUGUGUGCCAAAACCACAAGUCUGCCUGACAACUUUUGAUAAAUUUGGGUGUAGCCAGUAUGAGUGUGUGCCCAGACAGCUCACCUGUGACCAGGCCCGAGACCCUGCGUGUGACACAGAUCACGUGGAGCACAACAACCUCUGCACUUUGUACCAACGAGGAAAAAGCCUGUCUUACAGAGGCCCUUGCCAGCCUUUCUGCAGGACCACAGAGCCUGUUUGUGGGCACAAUGGUGAGACGUACAGUAGUGUGUGUGCUGCCUACUCGGACCGUGUGGCAGUGGAUUACUACGGGCCCUGCCAGGCUGUGGGGGUCCUCUCUGAAUACAGUGCUGUGGCCGAGUGCGCUGCUGUGAAGUGUCCUUCCCUCUCAGCUAUAGGCUGCAAACCCAUCAUUCCACCAGGGGCUUGCUGCCCAUUAUGUGCUGGGAUGUUACGGGUUUUAUUUGACAAAGAAAAACUGGACACUAUUGCUAAGGUGACAAACAAGAAGCCAAUAACAGUUCUGGAGAUUCUUCAGAAGAUCCGCAUGCACGUGUCUGUGCCACAGUGUGACGUGUUUGGAUACUUGAGCAUCGAAUCAGAAAUUGUGAUCCUGAUUAUUCCUGUGGACCAUUAUCCAAAAGCUUUGCAGAUUGAGGCCUGCAAUAAGGAGGCAGAGAAAAUCGAGUCCCUCAUCAACUCCGACAGCCCCACGCUGGCGUCCCACGUCCCGCUCUCCGCACUCAUCAUUUCCCAAGCGCAGGUCUCCAGCCGUCUCCCGUCGUCCGCUGUGGUAAGCGGGCCUCCUGUCCACUCCUUGCUCCUCUUCCUCAGCCUGGGCCUCGCCAUGCACUUGCUCCGGACGUGUCCCUGACCACCCACAAAACUGCAAAGCCUUCCUCGACCCAGCCAUCCCACCUUGUGAAAGACAUUCAGGACUGCUAGCUGGUGACCAACCGAAAGCAUGUCACCUCUUAGCACCACACAGUAUUUUUUUAAUCUGCCUAUAUUAGGGGGUUUGCCUUGGUUUUUAAAAUGGUAAGUUAGACUCUCCCAAUAUAAUGGAAGACGAUGCCUCUUACUGGUGGAUCACUGGCCAGUUUACAUUUGCUCAGUAGAUGGCUCCCCUUCCCCAAAGCAAAUUUACCAUCACUAACCAAUGACAUGGUCACUUUAUAGGAGGAGCCCCUUUUGUCGUCGGGUUCGUGCCCUAGUCUCCUCAGUUCCUGUUAGUGCCGAUGCUGCGCUGACGUGUGCUUGUUUGUGUGUCUAGAAACUGAGGGCUCAGUGAAAAGCCACUGCCGUGACAGAGUGGAAGGAGAGAAAAUCUGUUAAAAUUAUCAUUAGCUCAUCAGGCUGACUCCACAGAAAUUUAAGGCAGGACUCUGUGCUUAGCAAAAGCAAGACGACCAAGUGACACUCAUGUGCCUGUCUGACAAGUGGCCCUCUUAGUAGUUGCCAUUUGUGUCUGUGAAUGGGAGUGGCCCCACAGCAUCCAGGCAUCUGGGUCAUGCCACUUUGUGUUAGCCAGAUACACUCGUCAGUACUCACCAAGUUCACAGGUUUAAAGAUCAGACUUUAAACCAAUUGCUGCUACUAUGUAAUUGCCAAAAAGUAAGAUAAUUAGUAGUUCAUGUAAAUAGUACAUGAUUUUAACUUUAUUAUGAAGGUGAAUAGCCAUAUUUGUAAAAUGACAAUCAUGUGUGUUAGUCCCGUACUUUUCCGUUCAUGAAGACACAUCUGCUUUUGUAAUGUGCACAGUGUGGAUAAGUGUGUGUCUGACUUUCCUUUUAUAUAGCAUUAUAAAGAAUGUGGUUUAUAUAUUUAAAAUGUCAAGCUAAAUAUUAAAAUGUUUGCAUGUUGUCUAAGAAAUUGGAUACUUUGAAUGUUUUACAGUUUGAAAUAAGCUCUUAAUGUAAUACUUCCUGUUUGUAUGCACCUGAACUUAGAUUUUACAUGAAGUAUUUUUCAGUGUUAUAUAUACCCUCUGAAAUAUAGCAAUAUGCUUAUUAUACCAAAAUGUUGUUGAAAAGUAGGCACUUAAUGCUUUCAGAGGAUCUCAGUGCUGAUAUUGAUGUACCUCUGUCACAGUUGCCUAUUUCUGUCUAAAUGUUUUCAACAUACUAGACUAUAUUGUAUGUAUAUUCUAUAUAUAGUAUACAGCAGUAUACUAGAAAGCUUUCUAUUUUAAUAAAAGUAAUUUUAUAUGA